AUGGGUAGUGAUUAUGAUAAUCUUAGAAACUAUAUACUUGGUGAUGGUCAAGAUGAUUCGUCAACUUUGAAAGCACCAGAAGGUCAAGUCAGACUCGAAAUUACACACUCUGUAUUGACUGCCGACCUACUUGGUGCUAACAAUUGGAAGAACUUUCAAUUAGAUCAAACUAUUUCACAAUUUAAAGAAAAAUUACAUAGAUUCGUUGGUACAGAUGUUAAAUAUAUGAAAUUACAACUUAGAGAAGCGGAUAAAUCAACUGUUAUUGUAGAGACACUCGAUUCAGACGAUCAACAAUUGCUUUCUGGUAUUGAACAGAUCAAGAGUGGUUUGAAUAUUCAUAUUAUUGAUAACGAUCCAAAUUCAUUCGUUGCCACCCUACAAGACACUGAGAGUACUCCACACGUUAAGAUGUCAGAUGCUGAAUACGAUCAACGUGAAGGUACCUAUAGAAAAUGGAAACAAGAACAAGAGAAAACUGCAACUGCAACAUCAACAACAAGUAAAUCGAAUGCUAAUUUAGAUGAUAAUGUCGAACCUGUUGAUAUUAAGGUAGGACAACGUUGUAUGAUUAUAUCCGAUAGUGCAGGACGUAUUGGUACUGUUGCAUAUAUCGGAAAGGUCGAUGGUGCUGCCGCUGGCUAUUGGAUCGGAAUUGCACUUGACUUCCCACAAGGCAAGAACGAUGGAUCACUCAAAGGUAAACGCUACUUUGAAUGUCAAGGUACAAACUAUGGUUGUUUCGUACGUGCAAAACAUAUUCAAAUAGGUGAUUAUCCUGAAGAAGAAGAAAUAUAA